AUGGCAGCGCCUGUUGAUCCGAGUCACUAUGUUAUCGAAUAUGCGAAAAAUUCGAGCGAAAAGUGUCAUGGUCGACCGCCUUGUCAUGGUUCGACGAUCGUCCUUGGAGAUCUGAGGUUUGGGACAAAGAAGUAUAAUGGAGUUAUUAAUGACAAGAUGCAGUACCGGCAUUGGGGAUGUGUGACCCCUGACAUAUUGUAUGAUCUUGCUAUUCUGGGCGUGAACCGUCUCCCGGGGUUGGCCAGAAUCAACAUCUCAGACCAAGCCAAGAUUCACACUGCCGCUCAGCGUCUACGUAUAGACGACGCAGACGUCCCCGUCACCGCACGUUCGCUUACCCGCACGACCUCGGUCCCAUCCGGCUCGCAACGCCGCGCGUCGGAGCGGCACCUCCGUUCAGCCAACGAGCGGCCGCGACGACAUCGCAAAUCAUGGCGCCCCUCGCGAGGCAAGACCCAAGCUGGUUCGGCGGCGCCUUUACCCGUCGUGUUACCUCCCCCUCCCCCUCCCACGGCGCCUGCUGCGAUGUAUACGCAGCCGCCACGUCCUGCGCCUGCUCUGCCCGUUCCACCGGCGCACAUGGGCACGCAGAUCACAGUGUCCCAGCAGAAACGCGAUGAUGAGGAUUAUGCAGAGGACGAUUACGGUGCCGAGGAAGAGGCGCAGUAUACGGAUUUUUACUUGUCGUUUCAGUCCUCUGUUGUUGGGGUUCAGUAUUACGAUGGACUUGGUAGUCGGGCCUGGGAACAAGUUGCACUCGUUCGGGAGCCUACCAACAAGUACGAUAGAAACGCGAUUCAAGUUAUGAAUAUUGGUAUGAGGCAGGUGGGACAUAUCCCAAGACAGGUCGCCGCUAACCUGGCACCACUCAUCGAUCGCGAGUUGGUCCUCGUAGAAGGAACUAUGAACGAUGGCAAUAUACAAGGAACACAAUACACUCUAAACGUGACAUUGAGCAUUUAUGGUAAACCAGGCCUCUGGCGCUUCCCAAGGUCCAUCAUAUGCACAAAAUCCAAUCUACGCUCAGGGUCUUCAUCGCAGCCCCAGCUCAGCCAGAAAGCGAUGGAAGCGCUCGAAAUUCGUCGCCGUGCUGAAGAACUUCGUACUAUGCUUGCUGGACUCGAGAAAGUCGACGAUGAAGGCCGUCGUGCUAAUUUCUUGGAUGCGUUGUAUGGAAAUCAGACUGAAGAUAUCUUGAAUCUCCCGGAACACCCGUCACCUCCUGGAAAGGAGGACGGAACUCUGGUAGUAGACUUGCUCAAACAUCAGAAACAAGGCUUACUGUGGUGUAUCAACCGCGAGAAUGUUGUGCUUCCAACCAAGCAUGGCGAACCUCAUCAACAGUUCUGGGAGUAUCGCGCACCUCCAGGUUCUCGGGCACAUUACAUGAAUUUGAUCACAAAGUCUCCCAUUCCUGCAAGUAUGCCACCACCCAUUGGGCACGGUGGAAUCAUGAGCGAUUCUAUGGGUCUCGGCAAAUCUCUCACUUUCCUUGCACUCGUUAUAGCCACCAAGAAUACACGGCCAGAAGGGUUUGAUAAACCGACACUCAUUGUCUGCCCGCUCUCGGUGUUGAGUAACUGGGAAACCCAGAUCGACGACCAUUGCAAUCCCGGUAUACUUGCUUGCUAUACCUAUUAUGGCAAUAACAGAAACGUCGACCCCGAAGUCCUCAAGGGCUAUGAUGUCGUUUUGACCACGUAUCAGACCGUGUCCUCGGAUUUUGAACGCGCUGGUGGAUUCAAAAAUACAGAAGAGCUGAUGGCUGAAAAUUCAGAAGAGAAAAGGCGAUCCAAGGGGUUGUUUUCUAUUCAAUGGAAGCGUGUCGUUCUUGACGAAGCACAUCAGAUUCGGAAUCCUAGCACAAAGAUCGCGCAAGCCGCCACUGCUAUUGACGGGUAUUAUCGAUGGGCGGUCAGCGGGACACCAAUUGUGAAUUCACCCACCGAUCUUGGGUCCCUGCUCGCUUUCCUUCGUAUGUGUAGCCCAUUAGAUCAGAUUUCUCAAUUCAAUCGAUCGCUCGCACGGCCCCUCCAAAAGGGUAAUCCUGAAAGUAUGGCACUUCUAAGGGAAAUCAUGAAGCACAUAUCAAUUCGGCGAUCCAAAGAGAGGGAAGAGACUAGUGAGCUACCUCAGGUUAUGAUUCACGUAACGAAAGUUGACCUGGACGAUGCUGCUCGCCGUAUAUACAAUUCUGUCGAGGCAUUGUCUCGACAACGUUUCAUGGAGAUGGCCAAUGCGUCUCAGGACGGAGAGCGCGUCCCAAACGUCGUCCUAGUUUCACGACUAACUGCUGGGACUAGACAAAUUGCGUUGCACCCUGGCCUCGUGCCAUCCGACUAUCUCCAGCAACUCCAAUCUGGAGAAAAAUAUGGAGGCAAUGAUCCCCCAACGAAUAACAUCAUCAGUCCUCAAGAAAAAGCUAGACUCCAAAAUAUUUUGUUCCGGGCCGAGGAGGAUAGUGAAGAAUGUGCGAUCUGCUUCGACAAUUUGAAGAACCCCAGGAUCCUGCCUGAUGGGCAUUACUUCUGUUACGAGUGCAUCGCCGGCUAUAUCGAGGCGCAUGGUGCCCUGGCUACUUGCCCCAUGGAUCGUCGGCCUAUCACUUUGCAAGACUUGAUUGAGCCUCCACCGCCAACCGACCUAACCCAAGUACCCAUUGAGAAUAACACCAAAGGCCUUUCAGAUGGGUCUUCGGUAAAGAUUGACCAAUUGAUAUGGCUUUUGAAGCGUAUUCCUUCCGAAGAAAAGGCCGUCGUUUUCUCACAGUUUACGUCGUUUUUAGACAAAAUCGCAGACCAACUCGAAGUGCAUGGGAUCUCAUACGUAGAGUUUAACGGAGGGCUAUCCGCCAAACGCCGUCAAGAGGUUCUACAGCGUUUCUCUAGACCGCUACCAGUGAAGAACUCGGCGAUCCGCCGAACUUCUAACGGCAGAAACACAAAAGAUUCGGGCUCAGAUUCAGACUACGCUCCUGGAGAUGACGACUUCAUCGAUGAUGACGAUGGAACGUAUUUCUCUGCCACUCAAUCAAGCAAAGGGAAAGGAAAAGUGGGCAAGGGAAAAGGAAAGACUACCUCCGGACGUGCCUUUGGGGGAAACCCUAAAGUUUUGCUCAUCUCGCUCAAGAGCGGUGCCACUGGAUUGAAUCUAACAGUCGCGAAUCAUCUCUUUUUAAUGGACCCGUGGUGGCAAGAAGCGAUCGAAUCGCAAGCAAUUGAUCGUGUCAACCGCAUUGGUCAAAAGCGCGACGUGCAUGUGUACCAGAUGAUCACGAAUGAUACCGCAUUCUCUGGUAUGGGUGGCAGGGAGGCUGUUCGGGAGAAACGCGAAACGCGAAUGCAAGGUUUGUCGCUUUUCCAUGGCACUAAGAAGGCGGACGACUUAGUUGAAUCCACUACAGAUUUUAUCGAGUUAUUUGGUCUCCAACGUCAAAAUGGCCGAGUUACACUAGGAGAAGAUGCUGCAGCUGCUCAAGUCGCCGCGGAAGAGGAGGAGCCGGACUGGCUUCCGACAGGUCCAAUCAAGCGGUCAAGGCUAAUGCUCUCCGACGACGAGUGA